GGUUGACAACACCUCGAUGACGUCACACAGGAGGAAGCACAAAACAAGAUGGCGUCUGGCGGAGAAUACGUUGUUUUGGUUAUUAUGGUUUCUAGGUCUUAAUUACAACGUACAUGUGCACAGGUGUGUCGUUUAACGCGGUAAACGUCCUUAUUAAUUGUUUGUAUGCGGAUACAUUAGUCUGAGUGCACUUUGACGUGCUAGCCUAGCCUGCUGGUUAGCUUAGCUUGUUAGCUGCUAACAAAGAGAGGCGGAAGUGAUCGACACAUCAAAGCAGAGAUCCAAUACGUCUGUGAAGAACAUCUUCACCCUCAGCAACAGAAGUGGAGCUUCAGGAUGCAGACGGAGGAGCCACAGCCCUCCCACAUUAAGAAGGAAGAGGAAUACCUUCAGAUCUCCCAUUUUAAAAAGGAAGAGGAAAACCCACUAAUCCCCCAGUUUAAAGAGGAAGCGGUGGAUCCACAGAGCCCACACAUUAAGGAAGAAGAGGAGGACCCACUGACCCCUCACAAUAAAGAGGAAGAGGAAGAACACAGCAUCAAUCAGCAGGGAGAGCAUCUUGAAGGACUGGAGGAGGUUGAUGUCACCAAGAUGCCAGUGACUGGUGUCCCUGUGAAGAGUGAAGGUGAUGAGGUGAAAGGUGAAAGUGAGGAGAGGGGAGGGGGGGAGCCUCCAAGCAGCAGCUCAACACAACACAUGACAACAGAAGCUGAUGGAGACCACUGUGGAGGAUCACAAGCAGACAAGCUCUUAGCUCCACUAUCAGAUAGUGAGGACACAACGUCACACUCUCCUGACACUGAUGAUGAAGACUCUAAAGAUGAUAAGACAUGUCACACUGACAACACUCACUUCACAUCUUUUCACUGUCACAAAACCUUUAAAUACCAUUGUCGUCUGAAAAGACACAUGAGAACACACACUGGAGAAAAACCUUUUAUCUGUUCAAUAUGUGGUAAUGGUUUUACACAAAGUUGGAGUUUGAAAUUGCACAUGAGAAUACACAGUGGUAAAAAACAUUUUGUCUGUUCAACCUGUGGUAAAGGUUUUACACAAAGUACAGAUGUGAAAAUACACAUGAGAACACACACUGGUGAAAAACCUUUUUCCUGUACAACCUGUGGUAAAGGUUUUACAGAAAGUCAAAAUUUGAAAAGACACAUGAGAACACACACUGGUGAAAAACCUUUUUCUUGCUCAGAAUGUGGUAAAGAUUUUGUUCAAAGUAAACAUUUGAAAGUACACAUGAGAACACACUGGUGAAAAACCUUUUUCUUGCUCAGAAUGUGGUAAAGGUUUUGUACAAAGUCCCCUUUUAAAAGUACACAUGAGAACACACACUGGUGAAAAACCUUUUGUCUGUUCAAUCUGUGGUAAAGGUUUUACAGAAAGUCGAUGG